AUGGCGGCUUCACUCCGCCGGCAAGAAGUCCUUUGGGAGAUUAUGGCCAAUACUUACAGUCCUAAUCUAUGCGCAGACGGCUUCAUCAAUCUGGGUAUUGCAGAGAACGGCCUGAUGCAGGCCGAGCUGCUCGCACAUAUCAAAAAGAAGUUUGAUCCUCAACGUACUGCCUUAUCAUAUGGAGAGGGCCCUAACGGAAGCGCGAGGCUCAGGGCAGCGGUGGCUUCCUUCAUCAACUCAAUAUUCUCCCCAUUCACCCCAGUUGAUGCUAGUCACAUAAGUGUCUCGAAUGGGGUAACGGGCUCUAUCGAGCGUUGUGCAUUCGAACUAGGCGAUCCGGGGGAUGCCUUCCUUCUUGGCCGCCCUUACUAUGGGGCUUUCCCAGCUGAACUGGGCGAUCGAGCACAGAUCCGCACAAUUCCAGUGUCAUUUGGGGAAGUCGAUCCUUUUGGACUUGCUGCUGUGUCCAUAUACGAAAGUUCGAUCAUUGAUGCGCAUGCAAGAUCUCAACGGGUGCGAGCUCUGUUGCUCUGCAAUCCGCACAACCCCCUUGGACGGUGCUACGCAAAGGAGGUCCUUACUGCAUUGAUGCGGUUGUGCCACAAAUACCAGAUUCACCUGGUCGUGGAUGAAGUGUAUGCCCUGAGCACCUUCCGGAACCCGGAGAACCGACAGGCAGUGCCAUUCACGUCGACUCUCACCAUUGAUACCACAGGAAUCAUCGACCCCGCGCUGCUGCACGUAUUCUGGGGCAUGAGCAAGGACUUUGGCUGCAACGGCCUGCGCAUAGGCUGCGUCAUUUCUCAGGCCAACCGGGCUUUGAUAGCCGCCCUCGACGCACAUGCUCCUUAUUGCUACCCAGCUGCUUUCCUCGACUAUAUCGCGUGUACGGUCUUGGAGGAUCACGAGUUCGUCACAGCAUACAUCAUUGAGAAUCGCAGGCGCCUUGGGGAGAACUAUGCCAUAAUAGCGACCUUUUUGAAUAAGUUCGCCAUUCCCUUCUUCCGGGGUACCAAUGCGGGAUUGUUCGUGUGGGCCAAUUUGGGAGCAGCAUGGUCAAGACGGCGGCAGGAUAAGACUCGAUAUCAUCUGGGAGGGACAUGUAAUGGUAUCAAAUGUCUCAAGGAAAAGUUGACGGUGGAUUCCGAAGAGCUUCAACGUGAUCUUGAUGUGAACAUGGAGGUUCAACGUCGACUCCUCGCCGAGAAGGUGUACAUCAUUGAUGGAGAUGAGCUAGGAAGUGAGGUGCCAGGAUGGUUCCGCAUAGUAUUUGCUCAACCGAAGGACAUAUUGGAGAAGGGUCUGAAUAGGAUUGCCAGUGCAUUCGAUAUGUAA